AGUCGUCAUCCGCAUAAAAAGUGUCGUUUGUUCUUUUAAAAAUAAUAAAAAAUAAAAAAUUUAGACUUGCUGCUCGAGAAUAUCUGCAAUUUGACCUGUUCUUGUGCUGUUAUUUUUUCACGAAGACCUGUUUUGUUUUUCUUGUGAUAACUCCCUACGGUUUAAAGCUUUUUGUGCUUCUAACUUUGGGAGGGGAAGAGAGUGGCCAUAAAAUAAUUAUCGAUGCAAAAUAGCUGAGGCAUCAGUCGAGUUUUUUUUCUUUUGCUGAAGAGUGUGGUAUUCUAGUGGCUGGUUAGCAAUCGAAGAGCAGAAUAUUACGCUGCAGAAAAUUGUGUUUGCCUUGGUUUUGUGCUUCGCUUUGAGUGUGCAAAAUUCCGUAGGAUAUUGCCGGGCAGUUUACUUUUCGUCAUUCGCAAGUAAUCAACGUCGGUGCGUGUCAUUCCGCGAGUGUGAAGUUUCUGGAAUCAGAGAAAAAGCUCUCUGUUGCAAAAUAUAGGUAAAGCAAUAAAUCAGCGGGAUUUGUUUACUUUUGCAAUUAACUGGAGAAGAUCCAUAGUGGAAUAAGUGAUAAAGCUUUUGUGUCUGCUCCUAAAGUCAUCACCGCUGAAAGAAAAGUUAAUCGACACGCAGGUCAUCGCUGUGGCAAUCGUCGUCGACAGUUUUUAAUAUGCACAUAUAAUUACACGCUUCCAUCGGAUUCAGCGCGCGGAACGUCACAGACACAAACUUUCAGCGCCCGUAGGGAUGGGACGUGGAUGCCAGUGAGCUCUGUUAGAAGAGGCAAUAAUUGGCUCAUUUUUGUAGCUGGCCGAUCAAACAGCCAAGACGAAUCACGGAGAGUUCCUUCGGCUCUAAGUUUGGGUCAAACUGAGCUGCUAGACGCAGUGGCCGUGAAGUUUGGAAACUCACUUUUCGGCAUCUUACUGAAAAUCAGCUUUUUGACGGCGAAGCGUGAAAUCAGCUGCUGUGCGCAGGUGGAGCUGGUGGCCAAAUAGAAGGUGAUAGCAAAUAGCAUUUCGCGCAAACGAACCAUAACAUGUCGAUCGAGGAUCGCUUCAAUGCUGCGGUGAACGUUAUUCGGGGAUUACCGAAAAAUGGACCAUAUCAACCGAGCAAUGAUAUGCUGUUGACUUUCUACUCGCUUUUCAAACAAGCGACCAACGGAAAGUGCGGUGAGCGGAAACCGGCAUUCUGGGAUGUUGUCAAGAAAGCCAAAUGGGACGCGUGGAAUCGGUUGGGCGAAAUGCCAAGAGAAGUGGCAAUGCAGAAGUAUGUCGAUGAGUUGAAGAAGAUCGUUGAAACAAUGUCCUAUACGGAGAACGUGGCCAACUUCAUGGAGUACAGCACGGUCGACCAAGACAGCGGCGUCAACAUCAGCGACCUGGAGAUGGUAGCACCGGAAGCCAUCCAGAAGGUACGAUCCCGACCGAAUUCGCCGUUGGCAUCCCGCGACACCAGUCCAGCUCGAUCGCCAGCCUCUCUGUCACCGAUACCGACAACAGCACAAAUCACUGCCAAUGGUUAUCUACAUACCAAUGGUACCGUGGUGAAACCGGCACCGCUCACCAACGGUUACAACAGCUACCACUACCAGAACGGCGCUCAGUCCGACCUGAGCGAUGACGAGUACAUCGAUACGGUGGACGACUCCGAAACCGAAUCCGUGUUCCGGCCGAUCGAAACUGCUUCCGCGCACAUGUCCCGCAGUCGAAUGUCACAGGGCGACCGAGAUCUGUACCACAGCGCUGGUACUUCCAAUUCAAUGAACGGCGUUAAUGCGGAAGUGACCGCUCAGCUGGCGCGAGCCAUCGAACGGUUGAACGCGAGUGUACAGCAGGUAAACAAUCGGAUCUCCGUGGUAGAACAAUCCGUCGCUGGUUUGCGCAACGCUCAUCAGCAGCAGCAGAUAUCGCAACGUUUGACGGCCAAAACAUUCCCACCGUGGUGGCCAUUCGAGGACAUCUCCCCGCGGUUGCUGGCCUUUAUCAUCCUGUGGCCACUGGUCGUGAGCCGCAUGAGCUCCUGGUUGCAACGAAGGAAAUGAAGUGUGACCGGUCAGAAUGGUUCACUGAGGCUGUGUCUUGGAUAUUCACGUUGGCACAGCAUGGGACUUUAUUUUUGCACUAUAGAACGUGGUGUACAUAUUAGAGUUAUAAUUUUAAAAUGUAUUUUUAUUUCUGUGGAACAGAAUGACGACGAUUUACAUUCCAAUAGGCAGGUGUGGAACAAGUUGGAAGACAAAGGUACAGCAAAAUUAAUUACUCAAAUUUCCCGAUAGAUCGGGUGCAACUAUUGUAAAUGGGUACAAAAUAAGGCAAGGAGAGAUACAAUUCUAGUGAAAGUGACUAGCUUUUUUACCUAAGGCAAGACGAGCAAAGUGCAAUUUCUUUUUCCUAACUAUUGGUGUAUUGUUUUUAUUUUGUUAACUAUUCGAAGUAAGAGAGCUUAUGGUUAUUUUUCAGAUUCUAUUCAAACAAUCAAAUCGAAAGUAUGUCUUUUUCUCAACCGAGUUACCAGAUGAUUAUAGGCACAUAUAUGUAUUUUAUAUUAUCCUGGUGUUUUGUGCUGUAGUUGUUAUUUAUGAUUUCCAUUAAACUAAGUUUUGUACUUUUCGGGUGUAAUUGAAGUUCCGAAUUUAGCGCUAGGAAAUAUACAAAUCUACGACUACUAAACACUGCUAAUAAAUUGUUCAAAAUUGUA